UUCCAUCCUUAGACUGUGACUGUACUCCAGCAUCACAUCCUGGAGGUUGUCAGUGCAAUGGUCCUUGCUCUGUGCAGACGGGUGUUGUAAUAGAAUUUGGUCCAAUAUUGAAUAGGUAGGAUAUUGCGACUGGAUGGAGGAUGGUGUCCCUAUAUCUCAACACAUUGAGGUUGCUUAGAAUGAUGACGAGUCUUGUUUUCCUACGGUGGUUAUACCGCCCAUGACGCUGCCGAGACCAUCCGAGAUCAUUGAGAACAGACGAAUAUAACCGGAUAUAGUAAUCACUCGAUAUUGGAUGCGUUCUAUCAGCUGUGAGUUGGAAAUUGCGCAGCCAUGCGUGGAUUAUAAAACAUCACCAUAUCGAAGUGUGGGCUGAAUGAAAGAUUUAUAGAUAAUUUCGAGAACUUAACGAGAUAAUUUGAACUUGGAUUUUCCCUUAUGUCACUAGUGCAUUGCACGAACUGUUCAAUCAAGAAAACAACCAUCGGGAGGGGCUAGGAUUAGGGCUAUGGGAUUGGUCAGAUCUAUCACGUGAUACACAGACUGACACAGAUACUAUUGUCCUCUCCGUCACUUGUUUCUUGACUUUCCCAAGACGAGACGUGUUUCUAGAAGAACACUCUUAACGAGAACACAGAGACCGUGAUCCCUCCUCGAAGCACGUACAUCAUCGUUCCAGCGGCUUCCUCCUAACUUCCGCUACACACCUACCCCAACAUGACGUCUACCAAGGUCGCUCUCGUCACCGGAGGUACCCGCGGUAUCGGGUACGGGAUCGCCCAGGAGCUGGCGAGCGCAGGAUACAGCCUCAUCCUGGGGUACAAGGAGAACCAUCAGCGCGCCGAAGGUGCCAAGGCCGAGCUUGAGGAGACCUACAAGGUGCGCGUGUUCGUGGUCGCAGGGGGGACGGAGGACAAGGCCACGGCGGACGCCUACUUCGCGUGUGUCGACGAGAACUUCGACGGCAAGCUAACGGCGCUGGUUCACAACGCCGGCGGUUUUUUCGAAUCGACGCCUCCACCCCCCAAGCCAGAUGCUAACGGAAGCUGGUUCGCAGGCUGGGAGGCGUACGAGUACUACCAGAACAUCUACGCGAAGUGCUUCCUUCGGCUGGUGGAAAAGGCCGUGACUCGCAUGGAAGACGAGCGCGGCUACAUCGUCGCCGUGUCCGGGGUCGGCUGCAACAGUAACACGAGUCCCAGCCUUCCGUACUUCACCAUAGGCACGGCCAAAUCCAGCAUGGAGUACAUGGUGAGGAACUACGCCAAGCAGCUGGCGCCCAGGCGCAUCACCUGUAACACCAUCAUCCCGGGAAUGAUCGACACGGAAGCGUGGGCACCGGUGAGGGAGAGGAUCGGGACCGGCGGGAUGGAAGGCAUGGUGAGCAGGCUGGUCGGGAUGAAGCGCUGGGGCACCCCGAAGGACGUCGGCGGCGUCGCGGCGUUCCUCUGCUCGGAGAAGGCGUCCUUCAUCACCGGCGUGGCCAUACCUGUGGACGGAGCCUUCCAUCUCAAGUAGAGAAACAAGAACGCUGGAAAGUCCCCAUAGGCCUACGUCACAUUUCCAAACCGGGGCCCGCCGGCGGGGCAGCCUUUUGGGAACGAAAAGUAUGGUAUAAAAGACACCAAACUACACAAGACGUAAAAGAGAAUAGUUGUGGACAAUUUUUGUACGUAUACAUUUCUAUUUUUCGUUUCCACAAACAGCCCGGCCAGGCCCCGGUUUGGAAAUGUGACGUUAGCCAUAGCAAGGAGUCUGUAUGGAGGACACCGACAAUGCUUUACUCUGAAUUCAGAAGAGACCCCUACGUAUUACGUAUACGCUAAAGUAAAAGAAGGCAACUGUG